GCGGGCCUGGACGUGCGGAGUGAAAGCGAAAGGCCAAGCCGAGAGCCGGGAGACCGAAGAUCUUGCAACUGGAGCAGCAUGGCCAAGCCUUGUGGGGUGCGCCUGAGCGGGGAAGCCCGCAAACAGGUGGAUGUCUUCAGGCAAAAUCUUCUUCAGGAGGCAGAGGAGUUCCUCUACAGUUUCUUGCCACAGAAAAUCAUAUACCUGAAUCAAGUCUUGCAAGAGGACUCUCUCAACGUGGCUGACCUGACCUCUCUCCGGGCUCCACUGGACAUCCCCAUCCCAGACCCCCCACCCAAGGAUGAUGAGAUGGAAACAGAUAAACAGGAGAAGAAAGAAGUCCCUAAGUGUGGCUUUCUCCCUGGAAAUGAGAAGGUUCUCGCCCUACUUGCCUUGGUUAAGCCAGAAGUAUGGACUCUCAAAGAAAAAUGCAUCCUGGUAAUCACAUGGAUCCAGCACCUGAUCCCCAAGAUUGAAGAUGGAAAUGACUUUGGAGUGGCAAUCCAGGAGAAGGUGCUGGAGAGGGUGAAUGCGGUCAAGACUAAAGUGGAAGCCUUCCAAACAACCAUUUCCAAGUACUUCUCAGAACGUGGGGAUGCUGUGGCCAAGGCCUCUAAGGAGACUCAUGUAAUGGAUUACCGGGCCCUGGUACAUGAGCGAGAUGAGGCAGCCUAUGGGGAUCUCAGGGCCAUGGUGCUGGACCUGCGGGCCUUCUACGCUGAGCUUUAUCAUAUCAUCAGCAGCAACCUAGAGAAAAUUAUCAACCCAAAGGGUGAAGAGAAGCCAUCUAUGUACUGAGCCCAGGGCCAGAAGGGAAAUAAAUGAUCUAUGCUUUGUGUGGAUUA